UCUGGGAUUUCCCAUGCUGAUGCGGAUGCCGUGUAAAAUUUAUCAUUCAAGAAGCGUAUGCUCGAUGGGCGCCGGCAUUAUAAAAAAGCAAAGGAUAUUAUCCAUAUAACUGGAAUGCCUCAGGAAGCAGUUUCAGCUGAGGGCAUCCUCAGCUACAUAGACAAAAAUGGUCCCUUCAAUAGUGAGGACUAUGCUAACAGCAUCCAGGAGGAUCAUCAGAAAGUUGUAGGCAUAAUCAAGAGCCUACAGGGCCUUGGUCAGGUGGUGAACGUUGAGCAGGUGACCCGUAAGCACUGGGAGCUGACGGACGAGGGACGCGAUGUGGCGCGCACCGGCAGCCACGAGGCCAAGGUGUUCAACGCCGUGCCGCCAGAGGGCAUCGCCCAGUCGGAGCUCAUGUCGAGCGUGCCCAACGCCAAGAUCGGCUUCAGCAAGGCGGUGUCGUGCGGCUGGGUGCGCGUGGACAAGGGCCCGGCGGGCGCGCGCGUGUGCCGGCGCGUCCAGUCGGUGACGGACGUGGUGCGGCUGCACCUGGCCGCGCUACAGGACUCGGCUGACGCAGACGUCUCCGAGAAGCUCAAGGCGGAGUACAAGAAGCGCAAACUGCUCCAGGAAGUCGUCUCCAAGAGCUACACAGUGUCGAAGGGCGCCGACUUCACACUCAACAUCGAGAAGCCCGAGACGGACCUCACGCCCGAGAUGAUCGCCUCCGGAUCCUGGCGCUCCAAGACGUUCAAGCCGUACAACUUUUCGGCGCUGGGCGUGCCGCCGGCGCGCGGUCACCUCCACCCGCUGCUCAAAGUGCGCGCCGAGUUCCGACAGAUCUUCCUCGAGAUGGGCUUCUCCGAGAUGCCCACCAACCGCUACGUGGAGAGUUCCUUCUGGAACUUUGACGCCCUCUUCCAGCCGCAGCAGCACCCCGCGCGAGACGCGCACGAUACCUUUUUCAUAUCCGACCCUGCGACCAGUGUCAGCCUGCCGGCCGACUACCUGCCCAAGGUGAAGCGGGUCCACAGCCAAGGAGGGUUCGGCUCGCAGGGCUACGGCUACGACUGGAAGCUGGAGGAGGCGCAGAAGAACCUGCUGCGCACGCACACAACGGCCGUCAGUGCGCGCAUGCUCCGUCAGCUGGCGCAGGAGAAGGAGUUCCGGCCGGUGAAGUAUUUCAGCAUUGACCGCGUGUUCCGUAACGAGACGCUGGACGCCACGCACCUGGCUGAGUUCCACCAGGUGGAGGGCCUGGUGGCCGACCGCGGCCUCACGCUCGGACACCUCAUGGGCGUCAUCAACGAGUUCUUCAAGAAGCUGGGCAUCGAGCAGAUCCGCUUCAAGCCGGCGUACAACCCGUACACGGAGCCGUCCAUGGAGAUAUUCAGUUGGCACGCCGGCCUCGGCAAGUGGGUCGAGAUCGGCAACUCGGGUGUGUUCCGGCCCGAGAUGUUGCUGCCCAUGGGUCUGCCCGAAGACGUCAACGUCAUCGCCUGGGGACUCUCCCUGGAGAGGCCGACGAUGAUCAAGUACAAGUUGGACAACAUCCGUGACCUGUGCGGACAUCGGGUGGACCUCCAGAUGGUCGCCAGCAACCCCAUCUGUCGGCUGGACAAGCAGAGCGGCGCGGCGCGGCCCGACCCGCGGCUGGCCCGCCUGGAGCGGCGCCAGCAGGCCGUCCUGGACGAGCUGGCCGGCCUGGGACUGAUGCUGGACGAGUGUCGCCAGCGGCGCGGCCUGGCGCCCAGCUCGGCCGCGCCGGCCGCCGCCGCCGGGCCGCCCCCCGAGCGGCUGCGCGUGGCAGUGUACGCCGCGCCGGACCGGCCACCGCUCUCGGUCGGCCUGCUGUGCCGCCUGCUGGCGACGCACGCGCCCGUCUGGUGCCGCGCGCACCUGCACUCCAGCUGCGCGGCGCCCCCGGCGGCGGCGGCCGCGGCGCGCUUGCUGCCGCCGCCCAACGGCGUCUCGCCGGCGGCGGCGGCGCUCCACCUGACGCUCAUCUGGCGGCCGGGGCCGCUGCGCACGGUGGUCAGCCCGCUGGCGGCGCCUCCGCUCCAGGGCGAGGCGGUGGCGGCGCGGCUGCUGGCGCGCCUGCUGCAGCCCUGGCGGCCGCGCCUGUACGCCGAGAGCCCGGCUGUGGACGCGUGGCUGGACCAGGCCGACGAGCUGGCGGCGGCCGGCGCCGACCGCAAGGCGCGCGCCGCGCUGGUGUCGGCGGCGGCCGCCGCGCUGUCCGGCCGCCGCUGGCUGCUCGGCGCCGAGGCGACGCUGGCCGACGUGGUGGUGUGGUCGGUGCUGACGCAGCUCGACGCCGUCAGCCCGCCGCUCCGGAGGUGGGCCGACGCCGUGGCGGCACUCACAUGACAGCGGAGAGCCUGUGGGAGUCCCGCGCGUCUUCACUAGGGCGACGUGAAGGGAGGCGCUUAGCGGAGGAAUGGGGAGCCACCGGUGAGCAGGGAUCGACUGUGAGGGUUGCCGAGGCUGCGCGCCGCUAUGAUAAUAUUCUGAAUAAUAUUGACGCUGUUACGGAGUCGGGUUGCGGGACGUGGGGCGGGUUCGUCAGAACAUGGGUUCGUCAGUGUCCUGUGAAAAUCAUCACGGCCCCACACAUGACCAAAUACAUAGACGUGCACAAGGAACGAGAUA